AUCAUGAAAGUGAUACUUUUGCUGUCAGUGUUUGCUGUUUGCAGUGUUGCCAGGCAUGUGUCCGUGCAGAGAGAGCCAUCAUUCUGUCAUGAUUUAGAGUGCCCACACUUCACUGUUAAGAACAACACAUCAGAAUACCAGGAACGGUGCUAUCAACAAUACAAAUGGGUCUCGACUGUUGUCACAGGCGAUUCAUACAUGGAAGAUGUGCGCAUGGGUUUCAUGCGUUURUUUCAUUACAUCGAAGGCAAAAAUACCAAAUCAGCGAAGAUACCUAUGACAGCUCCUGUUCUCGUUCAGAUCCAGCCAUCCUAUAAAAACAAGUUUACUGUUAACUUCUUUGUACCAUUUAACUUGCAAAAGAACCCAAUCCCUCCUUCAUCUAAAGACGUGUUUGUCUCUAGCCUUCCUAAGAUGUGUGUUUAUGCUAAGUCCUUUGGUGGGUUUGUAUUUUCUGAGAGUAAAGUACAAGAGAAUGCAGCUGUUUUGAAGGAAGCUCUAMAUAAUGAUGGCUUACAAGAUGCUUAUCAUAAAGACUUUUAUUAUUAUGCUGGUUAUGAUAGUCCGUUUAGACUUGUUGGCCGUCAUAACGAAAUCUGGUUUGUUAAGAAGUGAAAACUUAGUACGCUUGACAUGUUAUUCAACUUGGGCGUUUCCCAAUAUUAAUUCUUAUUCAUGUAACUGAAUUCUAUUGCGAUAUUUUCCUGUUUUUUUUUAGUGAACUCGUGUAACAAAACUCGCCCAAGGGUUCGGAACCUAAAUAAUAAAUUUUAUUUGUACAUCAUAUUCUCGCCAUGGCACGGAAUCAGGGAGUACAGACACUUGGAAUCCGGAAUCCGCGGCGAUGGAAAMGGAUUCAUAUAGAAAAAGAGAGAAGAGAAUCAUUGACCCGGCAGAUGUUUUCUUAAUUGAAAAUAUGUCACUGAAAAGCGAGGAUACUUUGCAUUUGRAAUYYCAUAUCCUGAAUCCGGAGYCCAGAAACUGUCCAGAUUCYGUGUCAUGGGGAGACAAAAGACGCAAGCUUAGGCUUAUCAUAAUACUGUAUAUAUGUACUCAUUUAUAUCAUUAAAAGUCAUUGUUUUUCAAUAA